AUGGAUGGUGAUACAUAUAUUUGUAUAAAACAGUUUAAUGCCAGACUAGGCGACGAACUAAGUCUUAAAAUUGGUGAUAAAAUCCAAGUAUUGGCUGAUGAUAGAGAAUAUAACGAUGGAUGGUAUAUGGGAAAGAAUUUAUUGACUGGCGAAGCUGGGUUGUAUCCAAAAUCUUUUACUCAGCUUAUUACCAACAAUGAAACCAAACCAAUUUUACGGUCGAGAUCAAGACGUAUGAUGGCUCCGAUAACAAAACCAGGAGAAUCAACAACAAAGGAUUCUUCUCUUCCUCAAGUGCCUAGUAAUCUUAAUCCAAGCUCAUCAGAUACCAGCAAAUUAGAUGAAUCAAUUUCUCAAUUGUCUAUAGACAAUAAGGACACCCCAUCAAUUGAUACCCAAAACAUUAAUAUUAAUCAACAAGAGAAACAAAUUAAGAAUAUUGAUGAAAAGAACAUACCCGAAUCCAAACAAUCAGCAACUAAAAGCACAACUAAUAAUAACCAUAACAGAACAACCUCUUCACAAUCAUUAACUGAAGAUUUAAAUCCAUUAUUAGCGCAUAGUUGGAAUCCAAAACAAGUUUCAUUUUAUUUUGCCCUUGUCUUGGGUUUUGAUAUGGAUGUUGCUGGAAAAUUUGCUCAACAUAAAAUAACAGGUGCUAUUUUGUUUGAAUUGGACCUUAGUCAUUUGAAAGAAUUGGAUAUAGAUUCAUUUGGUACCAGAUUUGAAAUUCAUAAAGAAAUUGAGAAGUUGAAGGAUAUACAUAAUAGAAGUGCCAAAAUGAAGCAAUCAAGAACAAAUUCUCAAUCUACAGGAUCUACAAAUAAAAACGACAGCAAUUCAUCAGGAGUAAACACUCCACCAACAGCAUCCACUACUUUACCUGAUAAUGUUCCAUUGUUUGGAGAAGACAAGAAAGACCAUCAUUUGAAAUUGCAAGAGAAGGAACAAACCAGUUUGAUGCCAUCAGCAGUAUUGAAUGAUACGUCAUCCUACCAAUUUCAUCAACGCAAAAGAUCACAAUCUUUGGACAAUAUAUCACCUUAUAUUCAACAAGAAGGAACAUUUAUGUCUCCAAGAAAAGCUCCAGAGCCACCAAAUCCAGAUAGUCCAAUGAAUGCAAAUUACAGAUUUGGUGAUGGAAGUGAGUAUGGACAACCACCUUCUCAUUAUGGUUUGUAUAUGACUCGUACUAACGCUUCCAGCCAAGCUUUAGGAGGAAAUUCCGGUGCUGGGGCUGGUAUUUCAAGACCUACAUCAUCCAUUUAUGAACAGUUCUCAAAUCAUAAUAGAAACGGGUCUCAAACUUCUGGUCGACACAGGAGGAAUCAAUCAGGUACCAACCAUCACCGAAGACAUUCUUCAAUGUUGUCAUUUCUUUCUUCAGGAUAUGAUGAUUCUUCUAAACCAACACCACAAUUACAGCUUUCAAGCGGUAAAUUCACCAAAGCAGACGAUAAUAAACUAAUAUCACCUGCACAAAUCAAAAGAAAUACAUUUGAAAGCAACAGUCCUCCAAUUGCAAGUCCAUCAGCCAAGAGAAAAUCCCAGACUUUUGAUUUAACUAGUUCGCCAGUGGAUAUAGAUGAUGCUACUAUGUCACCAAAGAAACUGAAUUCCAUGUCUGCAAGAACAAAAUCCAUGGAUAUGCUUCGAGAUGAGAGGAGAUCAACUAGUGAUUCAAGUGCACUUACACAAUCUCGUCCACCAAAUGCUUCACGACUCAAGAGUCUUCGAGCCACUUCUACUCAGAAUUUCCGUUCAUUAACUGGAUCUAAGAAGCUGAAGACAUCAGCAUUCCAAGAAGGUAUUCGUGAAAUUACACCUGAUGAGGCCAUCAAGAAUGCCAGUUUUAGUGGAUACAUGUCCAAGCGUUCAAGUAAUACAUUGGCUUGGAGAACAAGAUAUUUUACAUUACAUGGUACUCGUUUAUCAUAUUAUCAUUCAUUGAAAGAUAAGAAAGAAAAGGGUCUUAUUGAUAUAACUGCACACAAAGUGAUUCCAAUUAAUAGUGAAGCAGAUGAAACUGAAAAGUCUGAUAAAUAUGCAGCUAUGUAUGCAUCCACAACUUUUGCUGGUAAUUAUUGUUUCAAAUUAGUUCCACCGGCACCAGGUUUCAAGAAAGGAUUAACAUUUACUCAACCAAAGACCCAUUAUUUUGCAGUUGAAAGUGAAGAAGAAAUGAGGGGUUGGGUUAAAGCUUUGAUGCAAGCUACAAUUGAUAUCGACGACUCUGUUCCUGUGGUCAGUAGUUGUUCAACUCCUACCGUUAGUUUGAGCAAAGCUCAAGAAUUGUUGGCUAGAGCUCGUGAAGAAACAAAAUUAAGAGAUGAAGAAUUGAGAGCAAAUGGAUUUCUUCCACAUGAUUUCCAAAAUGAUACAUCAUUCCAGUCUUCAAACUAUGAUUCAUCUGGUGUUUCUGGUACUGAUAGCACAUUACUUGAAAAUUCACCAUUGCCAAAAUUAACUCUUGAUACUGAAUUGAAAGGUACAAACACAACCACCGUCCCAACCACACCACAAAUACCUCGUAGUUCUAGUCAGUCUGGAGGAUUUGCGUCACCAUAUUUGUUAGCCUCAGGAGUAUUGUCACCAAAAUCAGGUAACGGCUCUUCUCCAUCUGGUACUCCUACAACCACCAGUACUAAUUAUUUUGGUGAUACUAGUAUGGCAAGUUUUAAGCCGCCAUCACGUCAAAGUUCACAACAAGUUAACAACAAUGGCUUUAGUGAAUCGAGAAAGAGUUCUCAAAAGUAUACGAAUGUUGCUACGAAUAAUGGCAGUGGAAGUGACGUUAAUAAUGGAGGAUUUUCAUCUACACCUUAUUCCACAGCUUCUGGCUCAUCAAAUGGUAGUUCAGUUGUUGUUAGUAGUAGUCCAAAAGAAGAAUCUAAAUCAAUGUUUAAGAAUCCAGCAGGUAGAUUAUUGAAUGGAUCCAAAAAACAGGAUAAAUUAAUGGGAUUUUCAAGUGAUUCUUCAGGUAAUCAUAGUUUUGUUAUAAAGGCUAAAAAAUAG